AUGGCGAGAGGCGGCAACAACAACAACCACUCACAACCCCCUACCAUGGAGGAGAUGAUGGCCAUGAUCAAUGGCUUAAGGGAGGAUAACGCGCAGUCCAGGGAGAGAGAGGAGGCCAUUCAGCACGAGAACGAAGAGAUCAGGAGGAGAGCGGACGAGCUGCAAGCCAGAAUGGCGGCUAGUACCAAGACUAUGGAGGAGGACGUCAUGCUGGAGGUCCCUAGAGACUUUCGACCGUUCUCGGAAGCCAUAGAGGCCGAGAUGAUCCCUAGGGAUCAUCGGAUACCACAGGUCGAACCUUUCGAUGGAAUGCAGGACCCUAGUCAGCAUUUGACGGACUUCUGGGCUCAAAUGUUGAUCUGUGGAGGGAGCAUGGAAGUCCGCUGCAAGUUGUUCAUGGGCACACUCAAGAAGGCGGCUCUCGACUGGUUUAGCGGUCUUUCGGAUAGGUCGAUCACCGACUUUGAUGUCUUUAGCCGACUAUUCAUGGCGCAGUUCGCCGCUAACAAAAAGAAGCCGCCAAUCACGUCGGAUUUGUUCGACCUCAAACAACAACGCGAGGAGUCUCUGAAAGAUUUCCUACAAAGGUUCAACGAGGUUGCCUUGAGGAAAGCGUCGCUGGACGAGAGGAUGGCAGUCAUCGCAUUUCAGAAAGGUCUGAGGUCUGGAGCCUUCGACAUUGCGCUCGAAAGGGCGAACUGUCAAACAAUGUCGGAGGUGAGGGCUUUCACCUUGAGCCACAUCAAGACAGAGGAGAACCAGAUUAUUAAAAGGGCAGCUGAGAACCGAGAAGCAGGGGGUAGAAAUAAGGAGGGAAAUAAGCAUCUUCGACCGCGAUCAGACUGGAGUAAACGACGUGACCGAUACAACGUGAAGGAGGGCAAUUACAGGCAGGCCGAUCACGGCGGUCGGUCAAGGGGCGAGUGGACGCGCAGCAAUGAAGAAGAGAAGUUUACUCCACUCACUGUUCCCAGGCGACAGAUACUCCACGAUGUCAACAGCGCAUCGUUGUUCAAGUUUCCGGCGGCGACGGAGCGUCAGUUGGGGCCCUUCAAAACCGAUUGGUGUGAGUUCCAUAGGGCUCACGGGCACUCCACUAAAAAUUGCUUCGUCUUAGGGAGGCAGAUUGAGCGCUUGAUCAAGGAGGGACGACUGAAGGAAUUUGUGGCGAGAAAGCAAGAAGGAAGUUCAUCGGAUAGGCGAUCCAGGCGCACGCAGGAUGGCACCAGGAGGGAUAGGCGUAGGGAGAGAACUCCCCCCAGAGACACACCAGCAAAGGUGUUAGAAACCCAUCAGCAGCCCAUCCACGGGGAUUUCAAUACCAUAGCAGGGGGCUUUGCCGGCGGGGGACCUACCUCUGUUGCCCGAAAGAGGUACUCUCGGUCGGUACUAACAGUAUCGGAAUUCAGGUGA